AUGAUGGUGGAAGGACGAUGCUUGGAGCUACAGACUCAGUACGCUCAUCUCAACCAAACGGUGACGGAACAGAAGGAUCUCAUUGGUCAACUUGAGAAGGACCUUCUUAGUGUGAAUGCACUCUCUACAAAGUACAGGGGAGAAGGAGAGGGUCAAGCCACUCCUUCAAACACAGAAGCAGAACUGGUAGCAAAGGCUGUAGGAGAACAAAACAUGACUCUUGCCAAGGAAACAUCUUCUAAGGGAGGAGCUGCUGAGUCGUUGCUUCCUAUUGUUUCCAGUCAGAGGGAAAGAUUUCGACUUAGGAAUCAAGAACUAGAAGUGGAAAGUCGUCAGCACCAGCAGCAGAAUAUAGUCCUCCAGAAUGAAGUAGAUAAACUGAGACAGGACAAUGUGAAGCUAUAUGAGAAAAUCAGAUUCUUACAGAGCUAUCCGUCAUCAAGGGGCACCAACAGACUUGACGAUACAGAGAGUCGAUACCAGAGCCAGUAUGAAGAAAGACUUGAUCCAUUCAACUCAUUUAGUAGGAAAGAGAGGCAGAGGAAAUACAUGGGACUCAGUCCAUUUGAUAAGGCUACUCUCAAUAUGGGUCGCUUAAUCCUGUCCAAUAAGAUAGCCCGUAUGAUCACCCUCACUUAUACCAUCGUACUACAUCUUCUAGUCUUCCUUGUCCUCUACAAGAUGGCCCAUACCGAGUCCUGCAAGAGAGAUCUAGCUUCAGAAUGUGUUCAGAAGUUUGCUGAUCAUAUGCAUAUCUUCCACCCUGAUGGUGGUGCCGAAGGGGGCGCUGUUCACGGUCAAAACGUAGGCGGCUGACACUUUCGUCCAGUUUGCAUCAUCUCAAAUUGGACACUUUCAAGAAUAUAUUCCAAGCAACUGACGAUGAGGAGAAUUUAUUUGGUAAUAAUUAUGCUUUUUUUGUAUACAUGCUGAACAGAUUGUUGGGCUUUUUUUUUUCGAUUGGAGCUUUAUAUUAUGAAUGAUAAACACAGAUACCAUGACCUGAUAUUCAGGUCAAAAUAAUAUUUUGAGAACCAAAUGGUGCGCAGCAUGUAUACAUUCAAAUAUCUGUUGGCUGCUUAGAGACAUUGUUCAAAUGUAUAAGCACAAUACUAGUAUAAAAGCAGAAAAAUAUUUACUAUUCCAUUGCCUUAAUUUUUGUUUGUUAAUCUUUGAUAAUUCUACUGCAAUGAUUUCUUUGUCCAUAUUAAUUCUUUACAUGUCUAAUGAAUUGCAACUCUAUGGGAUUUAUGUGAAGUAUUUGGUGCCAAUUUUGUGACAGCUGUAUGUUUAGAGUAAAAUAAGUCUCUAGAAUUCAAAUAUGGAUCCAUUGUUGAAAGAGUUGGAUUAAUAUUAAUAACAAUAAUAAUGAGAUGUCUUAUUGAGUGCACACACCGUCCAUAGAUGCUCAUGGCACCAGCGCCAUUAGAACAUGAAUUUAAAACAAAAUCAAACACAAUUAAUGAUUAUUUGGUUCUAAUUUGUUGAAAAUGAGAUUCUGAUUUAUUUUUAAGGAGUUUAUUUUUAUAGUUGCAUUUGAUUGUAUUUCUUUCUCUGUUUAGCAAUAAGGUGAGUGUUUGCUGGUCUGACCAUCUCCAUAGCAAUGUACAUUUUCAGUGCUAUAUACUUUUACCUGCUGAUAUAAGAAGCUAAUUAUAUUUGAGAAUCAUUAUUCUCCUGAAUUAUGUGAAAUUGGAACCAGAGAGCAUUAUGUGAUACAAUACAAAACAAAUCCCUUGAACUGCAUUAUGAAUUGUGUUAUUUAAAGUGAGCAUUGUGAUGAUGAUAAUCAUUAUGAAUAUCAUGCUCAUUCUUCUUGGAUAUUUUACUUCCUUUUUGAUUUGUUCUUAAUAAUCCCUGUGUUUUGUUUGAGAUAAAAUUGGUGGGGUUUUUUCAAAUGAUUUUCUUAAAAUUGCUCUUGUGCUACAGAGGGAAAUUUCAUAGAAUGUUAAAAUGAUUCCUAUGUUUCAUCUGCAAAAAUUGUAAUGAUACUAUGAUAGAUAAUGCUUUCAGCCUUCUCUCCUUCUACAAACAUUCUUUAUGACUUGUAGGGCUAGUAUCACAUAAAUUAUUGUGACAAAGGUGUCUGUCAUAAAUUCCAUUGUUAGAUACAUUUGGUCAUUGGAAUAUUAUGAUGGCAUUGUAUACUGAUCAAUGCUUGUAUAGAUGCUUGUAUUUUCCAAAUUAAGUUUGUGUGUAAUGUAUGAGCCUACUUUGAUUGCUAGUUUGUUAAGUUUGUAAUGUUCAUUUUGGAACAUUCACUUUUUUUCUAACUGGAAUUGGUGUGAUGUCAUCUCUGUAGAAAUAAAAAAAAGUAAUAAAAACAUUUCCACAUAAAUACAAAUUUAUUUUCCCUUUUACUGAAAUGAAAUAAAAGGAUAUCUUGAAUGUUAAAUCCUCGGCUGAAUUUAUUCACGCUUUUCAUAUGAUUAUUUCCUUAUAUUUAGAAUCACACCAAAGUCAUGUUAUCCAAGCAUUGAUUUAUUUUUAAACAUUAAUUGUUAUUUGUUUUUGUUUUUGUUUUUUUGAUUUGCCAUAUUCCUCUGAAAUAAGAACAGAGUAUUGAUAAUCACCUUACUUUUCUUGCAAAAGAAUAAUUAUUUCACUCAGAAUAAUUUGGUCGUGAAGUAAAAUAUGUUAGUCAUGGGUAUUCAAGGCAUUUUCUUUACACUCUUUGAAAUUAAAAAUCAAUAUUACAAGAUGAAGGAGUAAGCCUGGUGAAACAAUUGUUUUUGUCACAUAUGCUUACUGUUUUCUAGUAUUUGACAAGAAGACUGUUAUUUCUGACCAGAAUAUAGUGAAAUAUAUUAACUUAACAUUAGUGUACCCUUGUUCAUUUUUACUGAGUCACUAUAAUUAGGGGUCUUUUUUUAAGAGUAUCACCGGCGAAACAUGCUAAUGCCUGAUACCAUGCUAAGAUUAACAACUUUCUUGCUAUUAUAUAUCUUAUGUACAAACAUGGAAUACUUUGAUUUCAUUUUUACAUGGUGUAUAAAUUGAAUACUUUUCAUUUCAUUUUUAUUUUUCACCAUUUUGUCUUUUGUUAUUAUUAGUGUGCUUUAAUUAUAAAAGAUUUAUAUAGUUCCAGAUAUGUUUAAUAUGCUGUUAAUCGAUCUACUUUCUAGUUUGUUAGUGAGAUGUCCUGUGCCAUUUCUAUUGUUAUUUCAACUUGUGAUUAAUAUUUUUUUUGAAUUUCAAGAUUCACACAGCAUACAUGUGUGAGUACACAUCAUAAACUUAAGCUGUGUUGUAGUCUUAAAAAAACCCAACAUUAUUAAUAUAAAGUAAGUCUUUAUGAAUUGUACUUUGUAGCUGUAAUGAUUAAUCUAGAUUUGUAUAUAAAAUAAACUAUUUACAAAGAA